CUCCUCUCCGUCUCUUUCUCUCCUCUGAUCUCCAGCUCCGGAAGACCGACUUGGCCCCGAGCCUGAAGUGCACGGGGUCGUUUCAGGUCAGCCCCGGCGUGUUUGGUGCAUAGGAAGUGCACAGAGUUACACGCUCGCUGUAUUUCACUUCCUGGUUUUCGUGUGCCAGAGAGAGACGGAGAGACUCACCGCAAUGUGAAGACGGAGGGAGCUGAAGCAGGCCAGAACCCGAGACCAAAACGCACGCAUGCGGUUUGUCCUGGGGUAGACAUUAACACGACGAGAGUUUACAUGUGAAGAGCAUCAGAAAGAAACAAGGCACCUUGUCGCCUGGGCCAGGGAUGUGCCCCAACAGGGCGAUCGUGUGAAGGCUCGUUUCAUGCCUGGGAGAGAUGAAGUGAGAGCAGUGUGUUUCACCAGCACCAGCAACCUGUAGCAUCGUGACCCUGUGCCUCUCACAACCACACACACAUACACACACACACCCAGACGCACGCACGCACGGACGGACGGACGGACGGACAACUACAACAGAGCGCCAGCUGACUGUUGCCGCCAUCAGCCGCAAAGGGGAUGACUGAGCGCGUUCACAACAUCAACCUACACAACUUCAGCAGCUCGGUACUGGAGACCCUGAACGAGCAGCGCAACCGCGGGCAUUUCUGCGACGUAACGGUGCGCAUCCACGGCAGCAUGCUGCGCGCCCACCGCUGCGUGCUCGCCGCCGCUAGCCCCUUCUUCCAGGACAAGCUGCUGCUGGGCUACAGCGACAUUGAGGUGCCGGCGGUGGUGUCGGUGCAGUCGGUGCAGAAGCUCAUUGACUUCAUGUACAGCGGCGCAUUGCGCGUGGCCCACUCAGAGGCACUGCAGAUCCUCACGGCCGCCAGCAUCCUGCAGAUCAAGACCGUCAUCGAUGAGUGCACGCGCAUCGUCUCACAUGCGUCGGCCCAAGAGACGCCACGCGGCACGCCCGACUCGGGAACCUCGGGCCCCGGGAGCGACGCGGAGCAAGGACUGGAACGCGCCUACUCGUCCAUCUACCCCGGACUGGAGCUGCAGAACGGCACACGGAGCGAGCGUCAGCACUACACCAGCAUUUCCAUUCCCGGCAACUUCGACCCCCUGCAGCAGAAAGACGGCAUGCAGGACCCGUCGCUAUGGGUGACCCGACUGCACCAGCAGUCGGAGCGUUUUCUGGGCUCAUCCGAGACCACGCACUGCCGCAAGCAGCCCCGCCCGGUCCGCCUGCACACGGCCGAGCACGACGUUCGCAUCAAACAGGAGAGGCCGAGCGAGGAGACGUACGGCUGCUAUGGCUUAGAAGUGGAGGACGCCAACGGAGAGCCCAAAGGGGAGAGCUUUGACUCUGGUGUCAGCUCCUCCGUCGGCACAGAGAACGACCCCUCAGAGCAGCACUUCAUGCCUGGAUUCGGACGUGAGGGCGAGACGGAGGUUGGCACACCGGUGCACAUCGAUGUGACCGACUCGUCCCCGGAGCAGAGCCAGGAGAUGGCUGAAGACAACAACAGCGGGGAUGGAAGAGACAUUGUGAUGGACCAGCCGCCGUUGUCCAACCCCGCGGUUCCCAGUUCCGUUCCCGGUGGCCAGCUUUACAUUCGACCCUGUGACACCAUCGCCGCAAACUUGCGCAUGCCGCUGACGCUAACCAGCAGCACCAACUCGUACCUGCCUACGCUGUUCGCCCCGCAGCCUUCAGCCAACGAGAACAAGUCGUUCCUCUUCAGCCUGCCACAGACGGUCAGCUCCCAGCAGCCCCAGUUCGUGGCCGUUCCUCCUCACAGCAUGGCACCAUUCCCCAGCGGCCUGAGCGGAGUGCCAACCGCCGGCACGCAGCAGCAACAGCAGCCCACUGCCACCGGGGUGGUGCAGCAGGGCGAGAAGAAGCCGUACGCCUGCACCCUGUGCUGCAAAACCUUCACUGCCAAACAGAACUACGUCAAACACAUGUUCGUGCACACCGGUGAGAAGCCGCACCAGUGCAGCAUCUGCUGGCGCUCGUUCUCCCUGAAGGAUUACCUGAUCAAGCACAUGGUGACCCACACAGGCGUGCGCGCCUACCAGUGCAGCAUCUGCAACAAGCGCUUCACACAGAAGAGCUCGCUCAACGUGCACAUGCGCCUGCACCGCGGCGAGAAGUCCUACGAGUGCUACAUCUGCAAGAAGAAGUUCUCCCACAAGACCCUGCUGGAGAGGCACAUGGCGCUGCACAGCACCGCGCCCGGGGUCACCGGGGUCGUCACCGGGGUCACCGGCGUUGUCACUGGGGUCACCGGGGUUGUCACCGGGGUCUCUGCCAGCAACCCGGCAGGCACCACCUCCAUCCCGGUGCAGAUGGCCGUCCCCGAACCCGGCCCCGGUGUCGUGGCUUUGGCCAUGCCGGUGGGAGGAGGCGGAGCAGGGGGAGGAGUCAGCGGAACCGGAGUGGGUGUGGCCUCAGAGGCAAGCUGCCAGGAAGCGACGACCUACAUGUGCUCCGUGUGCCCGGUCAAAUUCGACCAAAUCGAGCACUUCAACGACCACAUGCGCAAGCACGUCUCUGACGGAUAAGUACAAAUAAUAUACCGAAAAAGUUUAAAAAAAACUUUUUAAACAACAACAAAAAAAAAAAGAAUGAAAAAUAAUGGCACUAGAUUUUUUUUUGUUUAUUUGUUUGUUUUCCCUAAAAUUGGGGGCAUGAAGAGUAAUGAGUAUAGACACUGGCACAUUGAGUUGAGUUUUCCCAGAAAACAAAAAGUUGUUUUUUUUUUUGUUUGUUUUUUGUUUUGUUUUUUUUGGUCGCUUUUUGUCGUUAUUCUUAAAGAAUUAAAAAACCAUAGAUGGUGGCCUUAAGGCUGUGUAGUUGGCGACUGAUCCACUGGCUGGAUCCAAACUACCGGCCUCUAAAUGUAUGAUUUCCUUACUGAUUUAUGUGUUGAACACUACCGAAAGGCCUGCGAAAGAUACUCACACACACACACUCGCGCACACACACACACACACACACACUUAUAUAGAUAGAUAUAUAUAUAUAUAUAUAUAUAUAUAUAUAUAUAUAUAUAUACACACACACUUAUAUAUAUACACACACACACAUAUAUACACAGACUACUUACACACUUACAUACCGUAGAGUGAGUCAUAUCGUAUGUGUGCAUAUGUGGCUGUGUGUGUGUGUGUGUGUGUGUGUGUGUGUGUGUGCAAAACCGUGACAUUUUUAAAGCGUUUUCCCAUGUAGACCGUACUGGAUGCCACGGCGUCCUGAUUACUGUGGUAAACCUUUACAAAAAAAAAAAAACAAUAUCUGGCUUGGAUUCGUUGGAAAAGUGAAGACGGUCACACACACGUUUGCCUUUUUUCCGUCAGAUCAGAAUUCCACACUGGCUCUUAUUUAUUACACGGAUUAAACGAUGCGUUCGAGAAAUCAAAUCGAGUCGUCACAAGGAAAAGAACGUCAGACUCCCUGUAUGAUGUUUUUUUUUUUUUUUAUCUUAUCCGUAUCCUUUAUCUGCCCAACACACCCCACCCUCUCCCUGCCCCGCCCCGUAUACCCCCUCCACCCCACCCACCCACCUCUCCCUGUUCCACCCCGAUCCCCUUUUAGACGGCUGGAGUGCAGUUUACAGGAGGAGGGACUGGGUUAGAGUUUGUCAGUAUUUCAGCUUUGUGAAUCCGUGUUGCGAACACUGCCACUGAAAGACUGUUAUUUGACCUCUUCCUAAAAACAAGACAAGAAAAUGGAGUUAAAAAAAGAGAAAGAAGCCCAGGAACAACAGAGGGUUCUUUAUUUCUCUCAAAAGGUUCUCAAAAACAUCUUUCUCAUCACUUUACGAUUGAAAUUGAACUAAAAAUCAGAACGUGAGCGCAGUCUCGAGCGGCUUGGUGUUAGCGGCUGCGCCACACACUCCCGCGUUCAGACUGUUACACCCCGACGCGGCGUGCUGAAGCUUUUCUCACUAUUCUCACUACUCCACCAGCCGCUGACACCGAGCCAGUUAGCGACCCGGACACAAAUAACCCAAAGUCCAAAAAUAAAGAAGGAAAAAAGGAAAAGGAGUUUUAAAGGAAAAAAAAAAAGAAAAAAACUAAGCUGCUUCCUGUUAGCGACGUCCGCCGUGACUCAGCUGUUUGGGCGGGUGGGGCGACUCAAGUGCACUACUCCUGAUCCCUAAGCCCCACCUAGUGGCUCAAACGGCCCGGCGUGAGCUUUCUUUUUUCUUUUCCUUUUUUUUUGGCCGACAGGAAGCACAAAGAGUGUGAGAAGGAAAAAAGAUAGAUAAAGAGAGGGAGCAAGAGAGGACUAGCCGAAAUAAACACACCCCUUCACUAUCUAGUGCACUUACUCUAUUGGGAGCCAUUUUAUACAACGUUUUUGACAUGAAAUCCCACAAUGCACUGCAGCAGAACAGCGUACCCAUAAUGCAUCAUGCUUUGUAGGGAAGAAAACAAGAAUAAUUGUAAAAAAAAUUGUAAAAAAAAAAAACAACAACAACAAAAAAAAACCCCGGUCCUUUUUCUCUUUUCCUUCAUUCAUUUAUUUGUUCAUUUGUUUGUAUUUAGGAUCUGUUCCUGACUGAAGUGCACUACUUCUGAUCCCUAACCCCUAUCUAGUAGCUCAAACAGACCUCAGCUCACAAAACAGACAGACAGACAGACAGACAGACAGACAGACAGACAAACAGACAGACAGACAGACAGACAGACAGACAAACAGACAGAGACACAGACAGACAGAGACGCAGGCAGACAGACACAGAGAGAGACAGACCGACAGAAAAACAGAGACAGACAGACAGAGACAGACAGAGAGACAGAGACACAGACAGACAGACACAGAGAGACAGACCGACAGACAGACAGAAUGACAGACAGAGAGACCUAGCUAGUGCACUAUUUUAGGGUUUUCUUCAAAAAUGCAAAGAAAAUAAAGAGACAGAAUAUCAACACCGUCUCAUUUAUUGCUGACUGAUUUUUGACUACUUUUCAUCCCUAAGCCCAGUGUUGUGGCCCAGUGGGAAAAAGUAGAAAGACACAGAAAGAGAGAGAGGUGUCCAAAGCCACACCCUGUCCUCCUGAGCUAUUUUAAGAGUCCUGGAACAUUUAGUUCUGGUAAAUUCCCACAAUGCAUCGCUGUAGGAUGGUUACAGCCUGAAGUGCACUACUCAUGAGCCCUAAACCCUUUGUAGUGGAAAAAAAAAAGAGUAGAGAUCGAGACGUGUCCAAAACCACACGUACUGCUAGACGACGUACCGUCUAGUGCACUAUUUUAGGAUCUGUGUCUGAUCUUACGGCCCACAAACAGUCAAAGAGACGUGUCCAAAAUCUCCCCCUGUUCACUACAUAGUGCACUAGCUUUCGACUUCCCACACUGCGGGUUGCCAGUUUGAGUCACUAGAUCAUUUCCCCUGUAAGAAACCCAGUUUUAUUUUGUGUGUUUAAACACAGCCCAGUGUGUGUGUGUGUGUGUGUGUGUGUGUGUGUGUGUGUGUGUGUGUGACAAUGAGGUCAUUUCAGCAUUGCUGCCCGGCUUUAGUCCGCUGCUCGCUCUCUUCACAUCCACACGCCCACCGUGUUAUUUACCGUCGUGACAAAAAAAAAAAAAAGCAAUCGUAAUAAUAAUAAAUUUCAUUUUCCAACAAAAAUAAAAAAGAAAUAAUAAUAUGUUCAUUUAUCGAGAAACAAAACAUCAGAGUGUUACUUUGCACACUUUUAAACGCCUGUGCUUCGUAUGAAAUUGUUUCAACUGAGUUUUUUUUUUUUUCCUGCUUUGUCGGUUUUAAAGGAUUUUAUUUUAUUUUUUUUUAUUGUUUUGUUUUUUUUUGGAGAAAAAGGACUGCAUGGUUUUUUCUCACGUCUAUGUUUUGCACUGCAGAAACCGAUAAGUGCACUACUGUUACCACAGAGGUUCUAGUUUUAGAGAGAGAAAAAGCGUUUUUAUCUAAAUGAGUUGAGUUUUGUGUUCAGUAGCUUUGUUUCUUUCUCUUUUCAUUUCUUUUCUUUCUUUUUUUACGAGAUGAUGAUGAUGAUGAUGAUGAUGAUUAAUGUUUUGCGAUUUUGUUAUUAGCACUCGCUAGUAUUCACUUGUGAUGUGUUUGUUUUGGUGGUUGUGUGUUUUUGUUUGUUUUUUCUUCCUAUUUAAAUCCGUACCAUGUCGUGUGUGUGUGUAUAUGUGUGUGUGUGUGGGGUGGUUGGGGGGUGGGGGGUUGUUUUAAAAUCUUUCUGCAUCCCCACCAGCAGUCUCAUACGCUGAAACACACACAGACACACAGUGAACCGUUUCAUACCAAACAACAUCUGAAACGUGUGUGUGUUGUGAAUAUAAAUUGUGUUGUAGAGGCAGUUGUGUUGUUGGUUGUGCAGCUUUUUAUUGUGUAUUGUGCAAAGAUUGUGUGUGUGUGUGUGUGUGAGAGAGAGAGAUGCCUGAACUGUAGGGCUUCCUUUGCAAUGUGCAGUGCAGGUACUGCGUUUGUGUGUGUGUGUGUGUGUGUGUGUGUGUGUGUGUGUGUGUGUUAUCCGCCAGCAGAGUUUCACAACUUCACAAGAACAAUCACAGCAAAUGAAAUAAAUAACACACACCCCCAGAGCACAGCGCAGCGACAGGCCUCAGUCCACUUCCUCACACACACACACACACACACACACACACACACACACACACUUGCAGGAGAUGAUGCGCUUUAUUAUCAAACAGGAAGUCGUGUCCGGUUGUGAGAGACACUCAGGCAUGUGCCAAUGUUUUAUUCUCAUUUCAUCAUCAUACUGUAUUAAUGGGUUUGAGUGCACAGCUCUGUGUGUGUGUGUGUGUGUGUGUGUGUGGAACCUUCAGGAAGGUUGGACUGAUGUCAUUUCCUGUUGCAGUGAGAUUACAUCAGCCCAGAGCUCAGUGUGCUUUAAUUAGACACGUAGAGCGUGAGGAGGAGAGACGAAGCCCUUCACCUUCACCAGAGCGCUCAGCGUGUUAGCUCCGCCCACUUUUUAAGGAAAAGGACAUCAGACUUUGAAUGCGUAUUAGACAGCGCUCAUACACACCGCGCUCUGAUACACCGCGUUCACAAAUCCACGUCUCCAUCAGCCAAUAGAAAUGAAGGAGGCUUCGUGUCUGGUCCGUAACCAGCGGACGAAUCGUCACACAGAAACCUCUGUGAUUAAAUGCCGUUUUCUCACCUGCUAGAAGUUUCUCUCUGGAGACGUCGAGACACAAAGCCGAUAAAAUAUCAGAUUCACGAGACGAGAAAGAAACGAUCUGUCGUGACCUCAUGCUUCUUUCUGAACAAACAAACUUUCCCUUUAUCAAAGAAACUAAAGACAAUCAGUCAGCUGUCCGACGCGUUAAACCACAUCAAGCCAAAUAUACAGCAAAGAUUCAACCAAAUGUUAAACUAAAGUAAGAUUAAGGAUUAAAAUCCAAAAAGUAUAACACAAAAAAAGUCAAGAAUAAACUUAAACUAAGUGAAACUUUUUAGACAAAACAAUUGAAUAUUAAUCACAGAUUAAAAGCCACAA